CCCCAGUUACUGGGCAUGCUGUUCUGCAAAGCUCGAGAGGGACUGGACUCUGGUGGCAGGUGACGAGGGACCUGGGGGUUGGGCCUGGGGAAGGCAGGGGCAGUGGGACAGAGGAGGCCUUCCUGUCUUUGAAAAUGUGGGAAAUGCAUGGCCUCUUCUGCUCUUUACUCUCUGCGGGCUAUCCAGUUAAUGAGCAGCAAGGGCUUUGCAAGGUCACCUUCGCGGUUGCCAGCGUUGCCCUGUGACAACACAUGGGCAUCCCCUACCUCUGCUCCCGUGGGAGCCUUCUUACCCAAGCGUGCAGCUCUUGUCCCUUGGCAUCCGCUGCCUGUGUGUUGUCUAUGGGCAGGAGUUGGGGCCCUGCUCCUAGGAGGAGGCCGGGCUCCCAGGAGCCCAGCACAGUGCGUGGGGGACUCGGUGAGCUCACUGCGGUGACCAGCCCAGAGUGGGAACUGUCUGCAGAGGGGGAUGGCAGCAGCUAGGGGGCAACAUGGCUUUUAAUGAGAUCUUCAGGGACUGAUAGCAAGCAAUGGCUGAAGCCAGGGGAGCAAAGGAGAUGCUGUGUCUAGGAGGAGCAUAUAUUAGCAGGGGAUGCUGGAGCUAGGGGAUGCUGUUGAUGAGGAUGCUUCAAGAGCGUGAAGAAAGAGGUGUCUAUGCUGCGGUCCGGUCCCUGGCCCUAUAUGCCAUAAGAGGCAGGAGGGGAUGCAGGGGCCUGAGUAUGGUCUGGGCUUCAGGCUGUUGGCACUGCAGUGGUGUCUGGGGUCCUGGCUGUGGCUGGCUGUCACCCUGGCCCAGGCAGGUCCAGGGUGGCACUUGCAUUCCCAGCUGCAAGGGCAGGUUACUCACCAACUCAGGUUAAUGGCUAACCCUGGAGCAGCUCCUGCAGAAGGUGGAAGUUCAGCCACGUGCAGGCUGUGUUAGGCCUUCGUGGGGGGUGGGAGCCUGCCUGCCCUGCACUGCAAACCAGGAGGGAGCGUGGGGAGGCAGCAGCAUGAAUGGAGGCUGCCACAGAGUACCUGGUGCUGGGAGCUCUUCGCUCACAUUCUGCUCCUUGCGGAAAAUGUGCUCCUGCGUGCUGAGCUGCUGCUUGGCCCUUCAGCACCUUACUGUACAAGCCUCCCUGCUCUGCAUCUUCCACCUGCUCCUGCUCCCGACCCUGCCUGAGGAGCAGCCCCAGGCUGUGAGCGAGCUGCUGGCACGCAGUCUCUUUGCCUGUGGCAUCUCCACCAUCCUACAGACCUGUAUGGGGAGCCGGCUGCCGCUGGUUCAAAUCCCAUCGUUCGAAUACCUGGUCCCUGCCAUGAUGCUGAGCUCCCACCUGUCCCUCAGUGCCAGCACAGACAGGAAUGGUACGGUGGCGGCCAGUGUGUGCCCUGCACCACACUGCGACGUCGCGGGGAGCCGGACCGCAUCGCUGCGAGAGGUCUCGGGAGCCGUUGUGGUCUCCGGGCUGGUUCAGCUGGUGCUGGGAGUGUCUGGCGCGUGUGGGUGGACAGCCCGCCGCUGCGGGCCCAUGGUCCUGGCCCCCAGCCUCUCCAUCGUGGGGCUGUCUGCGUACAAGGAGGUGGCUUUCUUCUGCUCCGCUAACUGGGGUGUAGCGCUGCUGCUGGUGCUCCUCGCCAUCACCUUCUCCCAGCACCUGGGGUCCUGCCGCCUGCCCUGCUGUGCCUGGCUCUGUGCCCGGGGGGGCUACGUGGAGCCGUCCGUCCCCACCCUGCGCACGUUCUCGGUGCUGCUGCCAUUCACUGGCAUCUGCAUCAUGUGCGCCAUCCUCAGCCACCUCCGCAUCCCCUGGGACUCACUGGAGCUGGCCACAGAACGGCUGCCCUGGGCCAACAGCACUGUCCGCUCCCCGUGGCUCCGGAUCCCCUACCCAGGUGAGGGAGGGUGGCCGCUGCUUACCCCCCGGGCACUGGCGGUGGGCACCGCCAUGGCCGUCGGCGGCAGCGUCAACUCGGUGGGCUGCUACGUGCUGUGCGGGAGGCUGCUGCGAGCCUCCCGCCCGCCCCCAGAAGCCUGCAACCGGGGACUCUGCACCGAGGCGCUGGGCAGCCUCCUGGCAGGGCUGCUGGGCGCCACAGGCGGCACCGCUUCCAGCAUUGCCAACACCUGCGCCAGCAGCCUCACGCAGGCUGGCUCUCGCCUCUCGGUGCAAGUGAGUGCGCUGGUGUGUGUGGCGCUGGGCAUGUCCCCCCGGCUGGCAGGGCUCCUCACCCACAUCCCGCUGGUGGUUCACGGAGGGGUGCUCUGCGUGACCUACGCCGUGGCCGUGGGCACGGGCAUCUCCUACUUCCAGUAUGCGGACAUCGACUCGGGGAGGAACAUCUUCAUCGUCGGCUUCACCAUGUUCAUGGCCCUGCUGGUGCCGCGGUGGCUCAGCACUGCUCCGGCUCACCUAGCCACAGGCUGGGUGCCUCUGGACCUCCUCUUCCUCUCCCUGCUGAUGGUGCCUGUCUUCUUAACCGGCUUCUUGUCCUUCUUCCUGGAGAACACGGUCUCAGGCACCCUGGAGGAGCGAGGGCUGCUCGCCGACCUGGUGGCACGGAGAGGCGAUCGCUGCCCCCGGGGAGAGAGAGGCGACAGCAGCCACGUGUACAGGCUGCCCGCUGGGCUGAGGAGGCUGCUGCCUCCCUCCGGGUGCAAAGCCUUCCCCUGCUGCUUCCUCUGCCCGGGCUGCGAGGAAGAGGAGGAGGAGCAGGGCAGCUGUGCCACUCAGGAGGGGACCGCCAGCACUGGGGAAGGGACGCACCUGCUGCUGAAAGCCGGCAUGGUGGAGAUGCAGUCGGAGAGGAGGCUGAGCGAGAUGGAGAUGCCCGCGUGGCAUGUUGCAGCCUGACCGCAGGCUCUGCUCCUGCAGAGAGGGGACAUCCCACACAGGACCUGUGUCAGCCCUCCAAGGCAGCAACAGGAGAUGGCUUGGACCCCUGCAAGCCUCUUUGCUCCUUGUUUCUGAAGCCUGCAUGGACUGGAGGGGCCCGCGCGCCCCAGCAUGAACCUCAUUUCCCCCCGCUUCGGAGGGGAGCUAUAAAAACCAUCUACCAACUUUG